AUGACCACCAUGUCGGACAUGGCAGCCGACCAGAAGGAAAUCGAUCAGGAGCAGAGCCCCGUCGACGUCGUGCGCGAUCCCAACCAACGGCCUGAAUGCUUUUCGAGCACGAUUCAAGAAUGUCUUUUUGUCCUCACCUCGACCAUGGCCAUCGGCCAGACUUCGUUCUUUCAAGGCGCUAUCAUCGUCGUUCUUGCUGAAAUCAGCAGAGAUCUCAACAUGGACUCUGCGGAAACGACUUGGACUACUGCGGGCGUUGCAUUGAGCAGCGGCGCCUUUUUACUGCCCUUUGGAAAGGUAGCAGAUAUGUUUGGACGCCGGACUAUGUUCAUCGUUAGCAUGAUAGGAUACACUCUAUCUCUUCUGGUCAUCGGCUUUGCAAAUUCCGCGCUGUAUUUCGACAUACUUUCGGGAGUUAUGGGAAUCUUCUGUGCUUCGUCCGUUCCCCCUGCUGUCGGUAUUUUAGGCAGUGCAUAUGAAAAGCCGUCACCGCGGAAGAACAAAGCUUUUGCCUGCUUUAGCGCUGGCAAUCCUUUAGGUUAUGUAGGAGGCAUGCUCGUGUCCGGUAUUGCCUCCCAGAUCUCGACUUGGCGUACAUCUUUUUGGGCUUUAGCAGUCAUAUACGCCCUCUUCUCGAUUACCAGUAUAUUUACCGUUCCUAAGGAGCCUUCCCGGGCCAAGGUGGCAUUGACAUUGGAGAACUUGAAAAAACUCGAUCCGCUUGGCAUGUUGCUUGCCAUUGCUGGCAUAGCACUUUUCUCAAGCUCGUUAUCACUUGCAGGUGACGCGCCCCAAGGCUGGAAGACUCCAUACGUCAUUGUUCUUCUCGUACUAGGCAUCUUACUUAUUGGCGCUUUUAUCUACUGGCAAUCAGUCUGUUCUACUCCAUUGAUGCCUCUUUAUGUUUGGCGUGAUCGGAAUUUCUCAUUGCUAAUGGGUGCGCUCUCUCUCGGAUUCAUGGCAUUCGUCUCCGGCCAAUUCUGGAUAGCUUUAUACAUGCAACAAGUCCAGAAGUACAGUGGCCUCGGUAUCACAGUUCGCUUAUUACCCAUGGUUGUAGGCGGAGUACUCGUUAAUAUCGUCUGUGCAUUGAUAUUGCACCGAGUCAGCAAUAAACUUCUCAUGUUCAUCGCCACCACAGCAUACAUGGGAGCCUUCUUGAUCGCCAGUUUUACGAAGGAAGACAGCAUUUAUUGGGGUUGCUACUUCGUACCUUUCAUACUUAUGGUUGUCGGGGCGGAUAUCGAGUUCAACGUUGUAAAUAUGUAUGUCAUGUCCUCACUCCCACCAUCCGAACAGUCUCUAGCGGGCGGUAUCUUCAAUACUGUCUCCAAACUAGUUUCAAACGUCGGCCUUGGUGUGACAACCGCAAUUUACAACGCUGUUCGGGACCAAGGCAGCUCUUCUGUCAUUCGACCAUAUUUGUCGACUUACUGGUUCGCUACUGCUAUUGCAGGCGUUGCUAUCUUCUUGGUUCCAUUUCUCAAAAUAGGGACUCAAGGAGGUGGUGACUCGAAAGAUCAAUCUGAUGAGGAUUCAUCUGAGGGAGGAAAUAUGCAGGUGGAAACCAAAAUCUGA